AUGUCGAAGGAAGAAGACCAAGUGCCCUGUACAAAUAAGAAUGACCUGCAGGGCCGUUUCCAAGCACUGGAGUCCCACGUCAAGAAUAUUUAUCAGCUGCUACAAACUCCAACAGAAGCCGCGUCCUCUUCGUCUCCCGGUUUAUCCAUGAGAGACGCCUCGACGGGCUUACUCGAGGAGGAUGGAAGUGCCAGCCCCGGUUUUAUGUCGGAGAGCAUCGCUGAACCGACAUUCAGUACCGCAAGUCCGCACCCUCCUUCAGACGUUGUUGACCAUCUUGUCGACAUAUAUCGUAUAAGACAUCAUCUUCAACCAUUGCAACUGUUUAAGCUUCCUGAUCUCAAACGAUAUCUCGCUUCAGCUCCUCGAUACCUCUUCGAAAGCUUUCUUGCAUUGACUGUACGAUAUAGCACGCAUGAUUUCUACCAGGGUCAGGAACUCCAGGCUGUGGAGCACUACGCGUCUUCGGCACAGCAGACGGUCACAUCACUUGCCUCUCAGGGCAUCCCAAAGCUAGAGGUUGUUCAAGCUCUGUGCUUGCUUGUGUUGGUUGAUGUCGCAGGCUGUAAGCCAGGCCGAGCUUGGAUGACGAUCGGCACCCUCUCUCGCCUCGAGGCUCUUCGCAAGAUCUCUCAACAAGCACUCAUAGAAUCAUCGUCAGAUCCCGAAACCUGCCUGCGUUGCCACUGGACUGUGCUUCUUCUAGAACAGACCUUUAUGCCUCAGGAGCGUACUUCUGUUCACGAUGAUGAUCGUCCCAAAUACCCAACGAGUGCCCCGAUACCGCCUUCUUUGCCACCCGUGACAGAUGGCGAAUAUCCGCCUGAUCUUUAUUCAGACGAUGCAACAGAAGACUUGGGAAUAACUGCAUAUUAUAUAAAGAUCGUCGGGAUCUGGGGCCAUAUGUCAUCAUACAUGCACCAGAUUCGUAUUGGUAAAGCUAAAACUGCUUGGUCCCCUAGCUCUAUGCAUUAUGAACUCUGCGCUCAACUCUAUGACUAUGACGCCAAAACACCCCAUAUACAUCUUUUGAGAAGUGUCCACUUCACCAAGCGUCAGUCGACCGAACUUAUCGAACGCAGAGAGUAUUGGAUCCCGUGGGUCUUACAACAAGUCACGUCUCAUGCUACUACCGCGAUAUUGAAUCACCCGUUCGUUCAUCUUGUGGCGAUGCGUGAUCGCGUACACGGACUUCCACCACGACAGUUCCUGCAGCAGACUGUCGAUCUCGCUCUUUAUCACUCCGCCUGGGUCUUCAAGUUCCUGCGCUUCUGCGAGGAGCAGGGUUUUGGUGUAUAUGACCCUCUUGUCGGGCACUUGGUGGCGGUUGUCGCGACUAUACCGUGGCUGUUUCAGCGUGCUAUUGAUCCAAAAAUCGCUCAGAAAGCGAAAGAUGAUUUGACCUGGUGCAAGGGGUUCCUAGAGAGGCUUUCGGCAACAUGGCCCCAUAUCGCAUAUAAGCUUGAACUACUUAAUAGCUUGGACACCACAGCAGGGAACAAUCCGCAAUCUCCCAGUGCAAAGGGCGUUUCAAUCGUUUUUCAUCCCUCGUUGUUCUGGGCAUUGGUCGAUCCCAAGAUCAGCCAGAUGACGCCUUCGCUGCCGUAUAGCCACGGACCCAACCGCUUUCAAGAUGGAACGAUACGAGUCUCUACGCACUAUAUUCAGCCCUUGGUGGAGAAUCAAGUCGAGCAGUCCCACACGGUAGGUGAUCUGUAUGAUCCAUUCUCAUUGGACAUCGGGGCUCUGGAACAGAUCAAUCUGGAUGAUGUCUUUGCCAGUUUCUUACCAACAUUAGAUGAAACACUCUAA